AUGACUAACGGUCACGAUGAGGUAGAGGCUGGGAGUAAAGCUGAUAGCGAGGAAGAUCUCGAGCUAGAGAAUGUCGAGGAAGAUGGACCCCUUCUAUCAUCCGCCCAGAAUCCGCACCCGGAGCCCAAAUCCAGCAGCUUGAGGGGAUUGGCUCAACGUCAAAAACGAUUCAAAGUCGCCGUUGUCGUGAUCACCAUCAUCACACUGUCCUUCAUUGUCUUAGGCUUAGAGUUCACUUCGUCCAAUGUCGAGCCCGAGCUUGACUCGUUCCAGGAGACCCUCAAAGUUGAAAGUGAAAGAGCAAGGGAGUUGCUGCUGAGGAACAUCGGACCUAGGAUAGGUGCAGGUGAUGGAUUGGUAGUCGCUAGUCCAAGCAAGGGGGAGAAGAGCUAUCUACCGGACUACUGCUACACUUGGACGAGAGAUUCAGCAUUGGUCUAUCGAUCUCACACGACUUUCGACUCUUCUUCGAACUCAGAGAAUAUAUCGAGCCAUGAUGAACUACUACUCAGAGCGUACGUUCAAUCUCAAAUACCAAUACAGACUAGGUCGAAUCCCUCCGGAGGACUUGAGGAUGGAGGAUUGAACGAACCGAAAUUCCAAAUCGAUGGAUCUUCAUUCUUAGGUAAUUGGGGUAGACCACAGAGAGAUGGUCCAGCGCUCAGAGCCCUGGCUCUCAUCCCGUAUGCUCAUUUCUUACUGGACAGAGGGUAUCCCGCGGAUCAUUCAUACGUCAAAGAGAACUUAUAUAAUCCGGACAAGAUGAGAGGUACUGGAAAUGUCAUUAAGAAUGAUUUGGAGGAGGUCGCUCAUCGAUGGUGGAAAGGGGGAUUUGACCUUUGGGAAGAAGUGAACGGCCAUCACUUUUUCACGCUUAUCGUUUCCUUACGGGCACUUCAAGCUGGAUCGUCCCUUGCCGAUCGCCUGAUUGAUUCUGGUGCUCAGGAGUAUUACUCAAAACAAGCUGAAUCUUUGGAACGCAAAUUCGAGAGUUUCUGGAGCGAUGAAAAGGAGCACUAUCUCUCGAGUGUCUCAUCGUUGAAUCUCGAUGAUGAUAACGAUGAUGCUGCGAUAUUUUCACUUCCUGACAGGCAAUGGUCAGACUGUUCAUUACCCCUUUCACUGAUUCAUGCGGGUGAUCAAAUCGACAUUGAUAAUUAUGGAUAUUCCAACAACACUGUCAUUGGCUUUGGACCGGCUGAUCCCAAGGUGAUUUCUACCAUAUAUCGAUACAUCCAAUCAUUCGAUGGGUUAUAUAAGAUCAACAAUAAUAAGCGAAGUUGGACACAAGGUUGGGCGUUGGGAAGAUAUAGGGAAGAUGUAUAUGAUGGUGUAGGUAAAAGUAAAGGUAAUCCCUGGCAUAUAUGUAUUAAUGCAAUAGCGCAAUCCCUCUACUUGAUCGAACAGCGACAUUACGAACAAGGAUAUAUAGAACCUACAGAAAUCACCAACAGUUUCUGGACAGAAUUGAUGAAUGAACGUGUCAAUAACGAUAGGAGGGUUGAGCGCUAUGAGAGAAAGUUUGAAAUGGCUUUGAGAAGGUUGAGAGAAGUUGGGGACAGCUUCUUGAAUGUCUCUAGAAAUGCUAUGGAACUGGGAGAAAGGAUGAGUGAACAGAUCGGACGGGACAAUGGAAAACCCAUAGGAGCGAGAGACUUGACUUGGUCUUACGCGAGUCUCAUGACCGCUGUCAAAGCAAGAGAAGACGCUGUAUCAAAAGCGGACAAUGGGGUCAAGGGUGCUUAG